AUGCAGCUGGACGACGUGAGCAUAUUUUUCUCGGCCGGAGGAUCUCGGAAGUUAGUUUGGUUCUACCAAGACGUUGAGGAUUGGGAAGGGAAAGGAGGGGCGGAAUCCAGAGGAGAGGGGCAACGUCUUGGUACGAGGUGGAAGCAAUCUUCACCAAUGGUGAAGAAGCGACUCUUCCUCGCCGAUCCUUCCUCCGUCUCGCUGAAGGGUAUCUGCAUUUACGCCCUCAAGAUGAAUCCCGAGAAAAACAUCACCGAAGACAACAUCCCAAAGGUUUCAUCCCUUCUCCCCGGGAGUGUCUGCGGCUCGAUAUCGAAAGUCAGUUCUUUGCAUUCGCAGGAGGUCUCGUUCGGGUGCGUGAUGGGGGAAGACAACGGGCUACUGAGUACGUUCGAAAGACUCCUAGCCAAGAUGUACGUGCCGGUGCUGAAUGAAAACGGGACAGACCUGGACAAAAAUUCGGCCGGGAUUGCAGCCAAAGACGAGCUUCUUGCCUGCCUCCAAUCCGUCUCCAGCACGCUCUUGGCCUCCGAAGAGGCCCUCGUGGAGAAAGUGAUCCUCCCCGAAGGCCAAGUGAAUAUGAGUGAAGUCUCCACUAGGGAAGAAAUAACUAAUAUAGUAUCCUUGCCACAAAAUGUCAUGGCGUUAGAAAAUGCCAUGAAAUCUUGGAUUGCACGCAUAGAGAAGGUCCUCAUCGAAGGGAAUCAAUUAAGGAAAGAGGUCGAUGAAGCCGGACCGCAGAAAGAACUGGAGUACUGGAAAAAGCGUACUUGUCAGUUCUAUUGCCUCAUGGAACAGAUCAAGAGCCCUCAGGUGAAGAUGACAGUGCUUGCCUUGCAAACGGUGAAGUCAAGACUGUUGAAACCGUGGCGACAGAUUGAGCACGGAGUCACCGAUGGAAUCACGAAGGCCCGAAACAACGUCAAGUACAUUUCAUCUAUUGAAAAACAAUGUAACCCGCUCUAUCUCGGCGAUCCGAUCACGCUGGUGAAGGUCCUCCCUGGUCUAUUCAACACCAUCAGAAUGAUCCACCUCGUAUCUCCGUAUUACAACACCUCGGAGCGACUUUCCGGACUCCUCAUAAAGAUCACGAACCAGAUGAUAAAGACAUGCAAGCGAUACGUGACGAAUCACGGAAUAGAAACGGUGUGGACGCAGCCGCGAGACCUGGUCAAGGAAAAGCUGAACCACUGCCUCCAGCUGAAUUCCGAAUACCGUCGGGCUUACGUCUCGGCUCAAGAAACCCUGAGGGAGAACGAGGAGCCUCCCUUUCAAUUCUCUCAACAAUACGUCUUUGGGAAAUUCCACGCUUUCAGCAAACGGCUCCAACGGAUCCUGGAUCUCUUCGCCAUCAUCGACAAAUACAACCGAUUCCUUCAUGCUCGGGUUGACGGCCUUUUACCAGAGGAUAAAGCUUUGGAGGAGAUCAUCGCAAGCUUUGAGGAGAUGGCAGACUCCAUGACGAGGAAACCUUACGACUGCCUGGAUUACCAGAAUCGAGCUUUCGACCAUGACUGCGAUCAUUUCGUGGAGCGAGUGAAUCUCUUGAUCGGGAAGAUCCGUGAAAUGCUGGAGUCGCAGUUCCAGACCGUCUGGACAUCUCCUCAAGGGUAUCAAUUCCUACUUCGAUUCGAAAAGAUAGCCGACAGCGUCCCGGGCAUCGACAUUGGCCAAAAGUAUGCUGCCAUCUUGAAAACCUAUACAAAAACCUUGGACAAGAUCAAAGAUGCUUACAAUAAGAACAAGGAAAUCCCGCCGAUACAAAGGGCAUUACCUCCCGUUGCAGGUUCAAUUUGGUGGGUGCGAGGACUGUUUGAGCACAUUGCAGGGCCCAUGAGACAAUUCAAAGGGCAUUCCAGGAUCCUGAAGCAGCCCGAUGCUGGAAAGCUCAUUCGCAGAUUCACACUGAUCAGUGAGGCACUGACGGAAUUCGAGAUUCAGUUGCAUGCCCUUUGGAAGAGCGAAAACAUUUCGCACGUACAGAACAGCUUGUCGUCGCGACUUCUGAUCCGCCAUCCAGAUUUGGGAUACGUCAUAGUAAAUUUCGAUUCGGAGAUCUCCAUUCUCAUUCGGGAAGCUGAAUGUCUCCGGAAGAUGGAGUUGUCUGUGCCUGGGAUCACGGAAGCCCUGAGCGCCUGCAAGGGCCCCCUCACGGAGAAGAAAUCCCUUCUCGAGCAUUUGCUGCGGGAGAACAGCCGGGUGAGGAACGCGAUUCCUGGGAUGUUGCGGCCGAUGUUGGUAAGUCAUCUUGGGCGCCUGGAUGAGGCCAUGGAGGCUGCCUUCAGCAAACUGGCUUGGACCUCUCUUCGAGUCCCUCAGUUCGUGGAAAUGGCCAUCACGGCUCUCAGCCAGUUUGAGACUCUCGUCAACAGGUUGUCCGACAUCUACCGUAAUCGAAUCGAAGCAGUACUUCUCAGCAUGCACGGGAUCAUCUUUCACACCUUACCCGAUAACAUUCCUUGGACGCUGGAAGAAUUCCUCGAACGCACUCACGAUUCCUGUCUCAAAUCCGCGAGGCUCUUCCAGAGUCGCAAUGAACUGAUGGAGGAGUCCGUGAUGGAACUGUUGAACCUCAUCCUCCAGACAGAUCCUCUGCAAGGAGACGAAGAAGAGCUCGACCACGACGACCCGGAGAAGAAGCCAGGAGGGACGAAGCAGCCGAGCUUGCUGGAACCACCGCCAGGAACUGGGGUGGCUCCGACGACCUACAGGCAAAAGGCGUUGAAAAGGAGGCGAGAAUUGAAAGAACGGAUCGAUCAUGCAGCCUCGGAACUUCGAAGGUAUUACAACAUGCGGAUCCUGGAAGUCCUGGUCAAGAUCACAAGAAAUGCCUUGGACGAAAUUCGCAAGAGGGUCCUUCACGUCAGACCCGAACCAGAUGGAAGCCCUGCCCCACCGUCAUCUCUCGGACUUGGAGAAUCUUCCACUCCGAUGUUUUCGCUUUCGACUCAUCUCUCUAUCCCCCAAGUGAAAGUUCAACCUUCUGUCGAUGAAGUCCAAGAUACAAUCAUCAAAGGAGCCAUGGUGAUCAUCAGCGUCUCGAAAGGAGUCUGUCAAUGGAUUAAGCACCAGAAAUUCCCACAGGAUUCAGUGCCAGAGAAACAGACGGGAACUCGACGUCCAUGGAAUUCGAAGAGGAUCCCAUCAGAGGAGAGAUAUGUCAUUCCAGCUCAGCCGAAGAAUUUCUACCAGCAUGUUCUCGAGCACAAGGACAUCUCUAAGGCCAUCUCCCAGAUCUCAACAUGUCUCCAAAGCACAAAAUUGGAGCUUCAAGACAUUUUCGAACGCUGGCAACGAUACUUUGAACUGUGGAAUGACGAAAGGGAAGGGACCGUGAGGGCCUUCCUCCAGACAUCCCCCUCCAUCACGGAUUUCGAAGACAAGAUCUCCUAUUACUUGGACAUGGAGAGGGCCAUUUCCCGGGAACCUGAUUCGUACUGCGUCGGAGCUGUCACGAUAUCCAUGGAGAAUCUGAAGCUGGCUCUGAACGUGGAGGUAAAGGGAUGGAUCACCCGAAUCGGAAGAGCAUGCAAAGUGGAAUACAGACGGAAGAUGGACAAAAUCUUCGCUCAAAUCAACGACUUGAGUCGGAAACUGAGCAGGCCUAUCCGUGACUUAGACGAUCUUCGCAUCGGAAUGCAAGCUCUGAGGCUGAUUCGAGAAAAAGAAAUCGACAUGGAAAUGGCCAUCGAUCCCAUCGAGGCAAGUAAAACGCCACUCAUUUUUCGGAAUCGAUUCGAUUCCUUGUGGAGGAGGCACGUGGUGUAUGCAGCUGGAGAAGAGCUGUUCGGACUUGAACCGUCUGAAUAUCCGCAUCUGGGAAGGAUCAAGAAGGAGCUGAAUCUCCUCCAGAAACUCUAUCGGCUCUACAACGACGUCAUCGACCGAGUCACCAGCUACUACGACAUUCUCUGGAUCGACGUCAACAUCGAGGAGAUUAAUAACGAACUCAUGGAGUUUCAAAAUAGGCGAGUAAAAGAGAUUCUGGUGAAGUCGAUGUGUCGGAAGCUCCCGAAAGGUCUGAAGGAAUGGCCGGCCUUCAACACACUAAAGAAGACGAUAGACGACUUCAACGACAUGUGUCCAUUGCUGGAGUUGAUGGCGAACAAGGCGAUGAAGCCAAGACAUUGGACUCGGAUUGCAGAACUCACCGGCCACACUUUCAACGUGGAGGCGGAACAUUUCAGCCUCAAGCACAUCAUGGAGGCUCCUCUUCUUCAAUAUAAGGAGGACAUCGAGGACAUUUGCAUCUCUGCGGUGAAGGAGAAGGACAUCGAAGCCAAGCUUCGCCAGGUCACGAACGAAUGGAGCAUGCACGAGCUGAGCUUCAUGCAUUUCAAGAACAGAGGGGAACUUCUCCUCCGAGGAGAUUCCACUGCUGACAUCAUCACGAUGCUCGAGGACAGCCUCAUGGUUCUCGGCUCUCUCUUAUCAAAUCGGUACAAUCCACCCUUCCGAAAACAAAUCCAGAAGUGGGUGUCUGAUCUGUCCAACACGAAUGAGAUCCUAGAGAGAUGGCUGUUCGUUCAGAACCUGUGGGUGUACUUGGAGGCCGUUUUCGUUGGCGGAGAUAUCGCUAAGCAGCUCCCCAAAGAAGCCAAAAGGUUCUAUGCGAUCGACAAGUCCUGGCAGAAGAUCAUGGGCCGAGCUCAUGAAAUCCCCAAUGUCGUUCAAUGUUGCGUAGGUGACGAUACUCUCAAACAACUCCUUCCCCAUCUCCAAGAACAGCUAGAACUCUGUCAAAAGUCUCUAUCAGGAUAUCUGGAGAGAAAACGACUUAUGUUCCCUCGCUUCUUCUUUGUGUCUGAUCCGGCCCUGCUAGAAAUCCUGGGCCAGGCAUCGGACUCUCAUACUAUUCAGAGUCAUCUGUUGUCAAUUUUCGACAACACAAAGAACGUGGUGUUUCACGACCAGGACUACGACCGCAUCGUCGCCAUCGAGUCCUCCGAGGGAGAGACCAUCACGUUGGAGAGACCGGUGAGGGCGGAGGGGAGCGUCGAGGUCUGGCUCAUGAGACUCCUGCAAAUGGCCCAGCAGUCUAUGCAUAGCAUCAUCCGAUCCGCUCAUGCCGUCAUCAAUGACCCCAACUUUAACGUCCUCACCUUCCUUGGCUCCUAUCCUGCUCAGGUGGGUAUCCUUGGGCUUCAAAUGAUCUGGACCCGUGACUCCGAGGCAGCUCUGGUACAAGCUAAGGUCGACAGAAAGGUCAUGAUGGAGACCAACAAUCGAUUCCUAGACCUCCUCAAUAUCCUCAUCAGCCAGACUACGAAGGACCUCAGCGCCGUCGAGAGAACCAAGUUCGAGACCCUCAUCACGGUCCACGUGCAUCAACGCGAUAUCUUCGAUAACCUGUGUCGUCUGAACGUUCGAAACAUCUCGGACUUCGAAUGGCUGAAACAGUGCCGAUUUUACUUCCGGGAAGAUUCGGACAAGACGAGCAUCUGCAUCACCGAUGUCAAUUUCACGUACCAGAACGAAUUUCUCGGCUGCACCGAGAGGCUCGUCAUCACACCACUUACUGACAGGUGCUAUAUCACAUUGGCUCAGGCGUUGGGGAUGAGCAUGGGAGGAUCGCCGACUGGGCCAGCCGGGACGGGGAAGACGGAGACUACGAAGGACAUGGGCAAGACCCUCGGCAAAUACGUCGUCUGCACGGAUUACUUUCACAUCUGUCUUGCAUUCGAAGGCUUGGCGCAGUCAGGGUCCUGGGGUUGCUUCGACGAAUUCAAUCGCAUCGAUCUGCCCGUCUUAUCUGUGGCAGCUCAGCAGAUCGCAGUCAUUCUCAGUUGCAAGAAAGAACGACGCAAGCAUUUUACCUUCACUGAUGGGGACAUCGUGGACAUGAAUCCCGAAUUCGGCACCUUCCUCACCAUGAAUCCGGGCUAUGCGGGAAGACAGGAGCUUCCUGAGAAUCUCAAGAUUCAAUUCCGAACAGUUGCCAUGAUGGUACCGGACAGACAGAUCAUCAUUCGAGUCAAACUAGCUUCCUGCGGUUUCCUCGAGAACAUCACCCUUGCUCGGAAAUUCUUCACCCUAUACAAACUUUGCGAGGAACAACUCACUAAACAGGUCCACUACGAUUUUGGACUGCGAAACAUCCUGUCGGUGUUACGUACCCUUGGGGCAGCCAAGAGGGCUAAUCCCAAAGACUCUGAGAGCACCAUCGUCAUGAGAGUCCUGAGGGACAUGAAUCUGUCUAAGCUUGUCGACGAGGACGAGCCGCUGUUCAUGUCUCUGAUCAACGACUUAUUUCCAAACAUCACUCUGGAUAAGGCGGGUUAUCCCGACCUGGAGACUGCCAUUGCCGAUCAGGUGAAAGCGGCCGGACUCAUCAAUCAUCCCGCCUGGACCCUCAAACUCAUCCAACUGUAUGAGACCCAGAGGGUUCGGCAUGGGAUGAUGACUUUGGGCCCGAGCGGUUCCGGCAAAACCUCGUGCAUUCAGAUCCUCAUGAAAGCUCUCACUCAGUGUGGUCAGCCUCACAGGGAGAUGAGAAUGAACCCCAAAGCGAUAACAGCCCCUCAGAUGUUCGGCCGGUUGGACGUGGCUACAAACGACUGGACCGAUGGAAUUUACUCUACUCUGUGGCGCCGGACUCACAAAGCGAAGAAAGGCGAGCAUAUCUGGCUGGUUCUGGAUGGCCCAGUGGAUGCUAUCUGGAUCGAAAACCUCAACUCCGUUCUCGACGAUAAUAAAACGCUGACUCUGGCAAAUGGAGAUCGUAUUCCUAUGGCUCCGAACUGCAAAGUGAUUUUCGAACCUCACAACAUCGACAAUGCCUCCCCUGCUACGGUCUCAAGAAAUGGCAUGGUAUACAUGAGCUCAUCCGGUCUCGACUGGAAGCCCAUUUUUUCCGCUUGGGUAGCCAAUCGAACCCCGAACGAAACGACCAUUCUUAAGGAUUUGUUCGAGAACAAUUUCCUGCCUAUCUACACGUGGAGCACUCAGACCCUGAUUUACAAGAUGGAAGUCCUUCAGAUCAACGUCAUCAUUCAGAUGUUGAAUCUGCUGACUGGGCUCCUGCCUCCAGAGGAAAAGGCCUCAAUUGAAAUAAAUGAAGAUGGAGAGGACGAACCUCAGCAGCCGAAGAAGCAAAGUGCAUCUGUCCAUAUCGGUCGUAUCUUUGUCUUCUCCCUCAUGUGGAGCAUCGGGGCUCUCCUUGAACUAGACGAUCGACUCAAACUUGAAAUUUACCUCCGGGAUAAUAAAUCCAGUUAUCCCUUGGACUUGCCACCAGACCAAAGAAUAUCUACAUCCACAAUGUUUGACUAUAUGGUCGACCCACAAGGGAAUUGGGUUCAUUGGAAUCUUCAAGUGCAAGAGUAUAUUUAUCCAGACAACUACACGCCUGAUUUCUCAUCCAUUCUCGUGCCAAAUGUGGACAAUGUGAGGACGGACUUUCUCAUCGGCACCAUCGCAAAGCAGGGAAAGGCUGUGAUGCUGUUGGGAGAGCAAGGCUCAGCUAAGACCGUCAUGAUGGAUGCCUACCUCAAGAAAUGCAAGACUGAAUAUCAUCUGAGUCGAACAAUGAACUUCUCGUCUGCUUCCACUCCGCUUCAUUUCCAGAAAAGCAUGGAGAGUUACAUCGACAAGCGAAUGGGGAGCACGUAUGGUCCUCCCGCCGGGAAAAGAAUGACCGUCUUCAUCGAUGAUAUCAACAUGCCUCUAAUCAAUGAAUGGGGAGAUCAAGUUACCAACGAAAUCGUGCGUCAGACGAUCGAAAUGGGAGGAUUCUACAACCUCGAGAAGCCCGGAGAUUUCACUCACAUCGUGGAUGUCCAAUAUGUGGCUGCCAUGAUACAACCCGGAGGAGGACGGAAUGAUAUCCCAUCGAGAUUGAAGCGUCACUUCUCCAUCUUCAACUGCACGAUCCCUUCAGACGCAUCGAUCGACAAGAUUUUUGGGGUCAUAGCCAAGGGUCACUAUUCCACCAAGAGAGGCUUCAGUAUGGAAGUCCAGAACCUCAUCAGCAAAUUGGUUCCCCUCACUCGAAAAGUCUGGUCUGUCACCAAGGCAACAGUACUUCCAACGCCAGCGAAAUUCCAUUAUGUCUUCAAUCUGCGUGACCUGAGUCGGAUAUGGCAGGGAAUGAUUGGGACAUUGAGCACAGUGAUCGACUCGGAAAAGACGCUCAUGGCUCUAUGGAAGCACGAAACCUAUCGAGUCGUUGCUGACAGGCAUGUCAUUGAAUUAUGGCUGGGAAUAUCAUCAUGCACUGCUCUUAUUUUCAUUUCCAUCGUAUCUCAAGUCUUGAAGUAUUUGUCAAACAGAUUCAUAACCUCCGCGGACAAGGAAUGGUUCGAGAAGACCCUUAUCGAGCAGACUGGAUUGCAUCUCGGCUCCGCAUAUGCCGACAUGGUCAUGAAGAGGGAAUUCUUCGUCGACUUCCUCAGAGAUGCACCGGAGCCGACAGGGGACGAGACAGAGGAGCUGGACAUGGAGAUGCCCAAAGUGUACGAGCCCAUCCCGUCUUUCGAGAUUUUGGAAGAAAGGCUCCGCAUGUUCCUGUCUCAAUAUAAUGAGAUGAUCCGAGGAGCUGGCAUGGAUUUGGUCUUCUUCCACGACGCUAUGAUCUCGAGAAUCAUCCGGAACCCGGGAGGAAACGCUCUUUUAGUUGGGGUUGGGGGCUCGGGGAAGCAAUCAUUGACAAAAUUGGCUUCAUUCAUAGCUGGAUACAAGACCUUUCAAAUAACUCUUACCAGGUCCUACAAUGCCAACAACUUUCUUGAGGAUUUGAAGGUUCUCUACCGGACAUGUGGGAUUCAAGGAAAGGGAACAACGUUCAUUUUUACCGACCAAGAUGUGAAAGACGAAGGAUUCCUGGAAUACCUGAAUAACGUUCUCUCUUCGGGCGUGGUAUCGAACCUGUUCAACCGGGACGAGCAGAGUGAGAUCAUCAUGGAGUUGAUCCCAAUCAUGAAGCGAGAGCACCCACGCCGGGCACCCACGCCCGAGAACGUCAUGGAAUAUUUCGUCACUCGAGUCCGACAAAACCUUCAUGUCGUUCUCUGCUUCUCCCCGGUCGGAGAGAAGUUUCGGAAUCGUGCAUUGAAAUUUCCUGGACUUUUUUCUGGCUGUACCAUCGAUUGGUUUCAACCUUGGCCGAAGGAUGCACUUGUGGCUGUGGCCGAUCACUACUUGUUGAAUUUUGAUGUGGUUUGCACCGACGAAGUGAAGGUGCAGCUCGUGGAAGCUAUGGGGACUUACCAAGAUAUUGUCUCCACCCACUGUGCCGAAUAUUUUCAGAGAUACCGACGAGCGGCUCAUGUCACCCCAAAGUCCUAUCUGUCUUUCAUCAACUCGUAUAAGAGCAUCUACAGCGACGAGAAGGCGAAGAUCGGGGACUUGGCCGAAAGGAUGAAUUCGGGCCUCGCCAAGUUGCAAGAAGCCUCGGAAUCAGUAGCAAGACUCAGGCAGGAACUGUUCGUCAUGGAGCAUGACCUGGCGGAGGCAUCAGACAGGGCCGAGAAGGUAUUGUCAGAAGUGACGAUCAGGGCACAAGAGGCGGAGUUCAUCCGGAAUCAGAUGCAGAGAAAGAAGGACGACGCCCAGGCUCUGGUGGACGUGAUAGCAGUGGAUAAGGCUUUAGCUGAAGAGAAACUUGCCGAUGCCAAGCCAGCUUUGGAGGAAGCCGAAGCUGCGCUCAAUACCAUCAAGCCGGCACAUAUAGCUACAAUUAGGAAGCUUGGAAGGCCCCCGCAUCUCAUCAUGCGAAUUAUGGAUUCCGUUCUGAUUCUCUUCCGAAGACGACUACACCCAGUCGUGCAAGAUAUAGUUCCAUGCCCCAAGCCCUCUUGGAGUGAAUCGCUUAAGAUGAUGGCAAGUGCAACAUUCCUCCAGCAACUCCAAACGUUCCCCAAGGAUACCAUCAACGACGAGAUGGUAGAACUAUUAGAACCGUAUUUGACCAUGGAGGAUUACAACAUGGAAACAGCGACGCGGGUCUGUGGUGAUGUGGCGGGGCUUCUUUCUUGGACCAAAGCCAUGGCUUUCUUUUUCAGUGUCAACAAGGAGGUCCUACCACUCAAGGCAAAUCUUGCCUUGCAAGAAGCCAGGUUAGGAGUUGCCAUGAAGGAGCUCCAGCGUUCUGAAAUGGAAUUGGCGGCCAAAGAAGCAUCUUUGGCGAGCGUGAGAGAACAGUAUGCGGCUGCAGUGGCAGAGACCCGUCGUCUGGCUUCCGACGCUGACACGUGCAGGCGGAAAAUGCAGGCCGCGGAAACCCUCAUCAAUGGCCUUGCAGGAGAGAAGCAACGUUGGACCAAGCAAAGCAGAACUUUCAAAGACCAGAUCGGAAGCUCUGACGUAAAGAAAUACCUCUGGAAGGAGUGUGAGAAAGUGGUGACAAUCACGAUCUGUGUCCACAUCAAUAUCUCCGAGUGGAAUCUUCAGGGCCUCCCAAACGAUGAGCUGAGCAUUCAGAAUGCUUUGAUCGCCACGAAAGCUUCGUGCUAUCCCCUUCUUAUCGAUCCACAAGGUCAGGGAAAGCAGUGGAUCAAGAACAGGGAAGCCAAGAAUGAGCUUCAAAUCACGUCACUGAACCACAAGUACUUCAGAACACAUUUGGAGGACUCGCUUUCGUUAGGGAGACCCUUGCUCAUAGAGGACAUCAACGAGGAGCUGGACCCCAUUCUCGAUAACCUUCUCGAGAAAAACUUCAUCAAGUCGGGCACCAUUGACAAGGUGCUGAUUGGAGACAAGGAGUUUGACAUCAUGCCCGGUUUCGUGCUUUACAUUACGACAAAGCUCCCGAACCCAGCCUACACCCCUGAGAUCAGUGCAAAAACGUCCAUCAUCGAUUUCACGGUUACAUUGAAGGGCUUGGAGGAUCAGCUGCUGGGAAGGGUGAUUCUGACGGAAAAGAGCGAGUUGGAGGCUGAGAGGGUCCAUCUCAUCGAGGAUGUUAUGGAGAAUAAAAAGGCCAUCAAAACACUGGAAGACAAUCUUCUCUAUAGACUCACAUCCACUCAGACAUCCCUGGUAGAUGACGAAGACCUCAUUAGUGUCUUACAAGACACAAAAGCCACAGCCCAAGAAGUGUCGCAGAAACUUCAAGUGGCCGCAGAGACGGAGGCGAAAAUCAACUUAGUGAGGGAAGAAUUCCGGCCAGUGGCCACUCGAGGGAGCAUCCUCUACUUCCUCAUCGUAGAGAUGAGCUCUGUCAACAUCAUGUAUCAAACUUCUCUCCGACAAUUCCUCAUGCUGUUCGAGCUCAGCAUGGCCAAAUCUGAGAAAAGCAGCAGCACCAUCGAAAGGAUCAAAAACAUUAUCAACUUCCUCACCUAUUCCGUGUGGAAGUACGCAUCUCGGGGCUAUUAUGAGAAGCACAAAUUCUUAUUCACUCUUCUCAUGGCCAUUAAGAUUGACUUAGAACGAGGGAAAGUGAGCCAUGAAGAAUUCAUGACCCUCAUCAAAGUCGACGGUUCACACGAGAAAUGUACUGUGAUUGUACUCGAGGUGAGCGAUCACGAGAAAGAGUGGAGGGCAUGGUUCGAAGCGGAGACCCCGGAACAAGAGGAACUCCCUAGUGGAUACGGUAAUUCCCUCGACGUCUUUCGGACUCUUCUCCUCAUUCGCUCUUGGUGUCCCGACCGAACUCUUUCCCAGGCCAAAAAAUACAUAGCAGAAUCAUUGGGUGAGAAGUUCAAUGAACCUCCAAUCUUGGAUUUGGAGAUGAUGUGGGGUGAAAGCGACCCUCACACGCCUCUAAUUUGUUUCUUGGCUAUGGGCGCUGACCCUUCUUCCCAAAUCGAGAACCUGGCCAAGGGCAGGGACAUACCGAUGCGCAGUAUAUCGAUGGGCCAAGGCCAAGAAAUUCAUGGCAGGAGACUCUUGCAUGAAAGCAUGAGUCAAGGAGGCUGGCUUCUCCUGCAGAAUUGCCAUUUGUCCCUUGCCUUCUGCAAUGAAGUCAUGGAUGCCGUCCUGGAAACAUCCAACAUCCAUAAGGGCUUCCGACUCUGGAUCACGACCGAAGUGAAUUCCAAUUUCCCCAUUGGACUUCUUCAGAUGAGCAUUAAAUUCACGAACGAGCCACCCCAGGGGAUAAAGGCCAGUUUGAAGAGAACAUAUGCUGGGAUCUCUCAAGAUCUUCUGGACUACAGCAAUGCACCACAGUGGCAGCCUCUUCUGUAUGGUGUCGCCUUCCUUCACACGGUCGUCCUCGAGAGUUUCAUUUUCCAGGAAAGGAGAAAAUACGGUUCCCUCGGCUGGAACAUUCCCUAUGAUUUCAAUCAGGCUGACUUCACAGCCUCUGUUCAAUUCGUCCAGAACCAUCUGGACGACAUGGACCCGAAAAGAGGUGUUUCUUGGAACACAAUAUGCUAUAUGCUGGGCGAAGUCCAGUAUGGCGGUCGAGUUACAGACGAUUUCGAUCAUCACCUCCUCAAAGUGUUCGCCGAGGAAUGGUUCACGGAGAAGCUCUUCGCUCCGGACUUCAAUUUCUAUCCUGGUUACACCAUCCCUCGAUGCAAGACUCCGAUGGGAUACCUGGAAUGCAUAUCCAG